UGCUUAUUCAAAUUUAGCUAUCUGAUGAUAUUUAGAAAUAACAAUACAAUGUAAUUUUAUUCAACAUUUUAUUUGAGUUUGUUCUGUUCAGCUGAAGACAAGAAAGACUUUACCAUUCAAAAAACAGAUCACGAUGCAGAUAACAAAUGGAAGUCCUUGGAAGCUUGUAUUGGUAUCAAACAUGAUCUUUGGAGCCAAUAUAGCAUUUGUUGAGACAAUAGACAGCUGUCCUAAGAGAGAGCAGAUGUUAUGUAAGAAGAGAGAUAUCACCAGUUUAUCAGAUGAACUGAAACAGGAGAUGGUUGACAUAAAGGAAACUAUGAAUGAAUUGAAAAAGGAAAUACAAGGGCUCAAGAAUUCAAUGCAGGUUCCACAAUUUCAUAGAGAUUGCAGUGAAAACACAAGCUUUACUGGUGUUAGAACAAUCCAACCGCAGGGACAAAAUGCAUUCAGAGUAUACUGCAGUGGGGGAUGUGUCUACAUGGCCAGGCGAUUUGAUGGGAGUGUUGAUUUCUACAGAGGCUGGACUGAGUAUCA